AUGGCCUGGAAGAGACGGGCAUCCUCGGAAACCGAUCCGGAGGCUAUGUCAGCUCCCGUUCUGAAAAGAGCCAGGACAGCCAAGGAGGAGGCGCUCGAAAGUCCAGCACAGUCCGAGCAGUAUAUCGAACUUCCCGAGCUUCCACUCACACUUGGGUCUGCGCCGACACCUGGAUUGGAGCCGAUCACCACACCCGUAUCGGGCAAUAAGUGGGAGCAAGCUGUUCGCGCUCAUGACCCUGCCAUCGGAAAUGCCCUGGAACAUAUUGACCGAGCCAAGGCCUUGGCAGUCGAUCUAGAAUAUCGCAUUUGGGAAUACUCGGUCUAUGAUAAUUGGGGACCAGACCUGUGGGGCUGGGAUCCUGAGGCGUGGCAAAUGAACACUCAGUCACAAUUCCAUAGCUUCUUGGGCGAGAUCAAUGCCGCAAAGGAGCUGAUCAAGGAUCGAGAUCCAGCGUUUAAAGCUCUCCUUGAGGAUUUUCUGAAUGAGCCACUUGAGUUUCUUCAUGGGCCGGGCUCCCGCCUGACGCAUUAUUUGUAUUGA